AUGUCAAAGCCCAAGGGCACCUCCGUCCCCUCGGCUCCUACACCGCUAGAGAAGAGUGCAAGGCUGAACGACAAUGUGCGGUUUGAGGACAGAGAUGACUUCUGGUUGGACAGGGAGGCCUUCUCUGUAUUUGCCCGACAGUUAGAUACUCCCUCGGUCCGCAGCGGCUUCGCCUUGCUCUUAUUGAGCCCAUGCCAGUCCCCUGCGGUGGAGAGCAAUGGGAGGGCCUUUGGGGGAGGGGCAGGUUCACGUGGGCAUACUUACUCGUGCAGCAUCCCGGGCCAGCAGUGGCUGCGCCGGUACUGCGAGGUGAAGGGUAACAUCCUCUUCUAUGCGCCGCACGCAGAGGCAGCCUUUGAGGGGGCGUAUCUACUUGAAGAUUUCGUUUUCCAAAGCGUUUCCCCCACUCGAGCUCUUGUUAUGGGGAUUGUGCCAGAUUUGCCUCUAACCGAGGGAGAAGGGGACCGGCUGAAGCAAGGUGCUGUCCUGGUGGGAAGCAGCCGUCACGAUGGGGUGUACGGACGGUAUGUGAGGCCUCUUGUGAUGCUGCUUGAGUCAUCGCGUGUUGCUGCUGCAUGGAAAGACACGUGUGAAGGCUGCAAAGCAGCGGCCUUGCAGAAGCAGGUCCGUGAGCUGCAGCAGCUGCUGCAGCGAGAAAGGGCUGCCGCGUCGAGGGAGAAAGAGGCUACAGCGCUAAUAGCCAAGCAGCAGGAGAUUGCCCUGAGGGAGACAGAAGGGUCCAAGCAAACACUCCUUCUGGAAAUAGAGCGUCUACAACAACGUAACCAGCGGCUUCAAGCGACUGGAGAGGUGACUGAGAAGGCGGCAGCGGAAUUUGUGGAUCAGAAGAUGCACGAGGUGUCCUUCCUUCAGAAUGAGCUCGCCACGCAGCUGGCGGGCUGCAAACGCCUUCAGGCGGAGGUUGUGGAACUUCGUGAGGCGUUGGGAGCCUCCCACCAAAGGGCACAGCAGUUGGCAACGGAGAACAGCCGCCUCAACUGUCGCGUGUCAGACAUUUUGGAGGACUUGGAGGACGCAAAAGAUAACCCAUCCCGUUUUGCCCUCGUGAUGAACCGCCUCCGAGCCGCCAACCAGAGGGCAGUGAUCGAGAAUAAGCGUCUCAGGCAAGUGCACCACGCUUCACAUACAACGCCCAUUUCCAUCUCAUCUCCAGCGCUGCAUGUCGGUCGUCUCAUCGCAGCGAACGCACACGCAGUACAUGUGUUUGUUUGUGUGUCUGCGGAGGUGGGGCUAAUUCGCCAAGUGGCGGAGAUGGGUGACGCCUUCGACUUGUUGAGGAAGUGGUUAACUUGCAGCGAGCGCAAAAUCCGCUUUUACGAACAGGGUUACAAAUGGUCUUCGCAGCAGGAACAAGAAGAGCUCGAGAAGUUAGUAGUGGGAUCGGGAAUAGAGGAGCUUCAGAGAGCCAUAAAAGUGGCGGAAGCUGCGGCACGGUCGAGUUAUAUAUCUCACAGAGCAUUUUUGUUGGGCCAACAACUGAAGGCCUGCACCGUCAAUCCGUCACAAAGAGAAACACUGGAUCGCUUCGGGUGGCUGUUUGGGGAGACUGAGCCCAGUCAGCCCAAAGUAGAGGAGUGGGCAGAAGCUUGUUUUGGGCUACCGGCUGGAGACGAGGUUGCCGCUACUGCUAGAGGGGAGGCGAUCUACCCAUUCGGAGGGCUAGAGGGUGGCCCUCAGCUGAACUUGGUUGCGGACGUUUGCGUUCUGCGCUCUGUUGAGAAGCUGGUGCCAGCUGGCGAGUACCUAAAGCUUAAGAAUAUGCACUCCUUGCUGCAGCUGGACUUCUCAGAACUCAAAGAACUACACCAGCAGACAGUUGACAAACUUGUGGAGUGCCGAACCCGUCUGCGAGACCUAAAGAUGCAAUGCGCCCUUAACCAAGCUUCCGCAGAUUGGCGGUUCUUUCAACUUAAGUCGCCAGCGGGUGUAACAGAGGGCAUGGAGAAAGCAGAUGAAGAGGAGGACGCUGCUUGA